AUGGCUCCUCCACCAGCAUCACCGCGAGCAACCCGACCCCGCCACUCACCGCUAUUAAGAUUCAUUGCAAUGGCGUUGCUAGCCCUCGUCAUUAUUGUCGGCCUAGCCGUGCUGAUUACUUGGUUAUCCGUUAAACCCAAAAAACUCCGAUACUCCAUUGAACAAGGCUCAAUCUCGGACUUCAAUUUAACCAACAAUGGCCACUUCAAUGCCAAUUUCGAUUUCGUAUUGCGUGCUAACAAUCCCAACAAAAGGAUUUCGAUAUACUACGACAGGAUUGAGGUUACAGUGUCGUACGAGGAUCAGAAGCUUUCAAUCAACGAUGUUCAUCCCUUUUAUCAGCGACGGCAUAAUGUGACGUACCUCGACUUGGACCUUGCGGCGAGAGAUGUGUCUCUUUACGGGGCGGUGGCAAGGGAUCUGAAAUUGGAGAAAUAUUCAGGUAAUGUGGAAUUGGACGUUAAAAUAAGAAGCAAAAUUAGGCUGAAAGUGGGAGUUUUCAAAAUUCAUCGCCAUUUGAAGAUUGAGUGUGGGCCUCUGACAGUUCCAUUUUCUUCAUCAAAGGGAAAGUUUGACAGGGUUUACUGUGAUGUUGAUUUAUAA